AACAGUGGAGCAUUAUUUUUUAAUUCAUGCCUAGUGUGAAAUCUAUAUAGAAUAAAGAUAGAGCAAGCUUUAGCUGCGAGCCCCUACAUACACCGUGCACACGUUGGUCUGAUCGCCAUGACUUCCUCCUAUAUGUUGCUUUCCCUCGUCUUCCUCCUGGCUACCUCGUCGGCGCGCGCCGGCGGGUUCAAGCACCUCCACCUGUACAUGCACGAGACCUUCACGGGCCCAAACGCCACGUUGUUUUCGGUGGUGCCGCCCCUGCACCGGGGCGACAACGCAAGGUUCGGGAUGGUUGGAGUGCUCGACGACGAGCUGCGCGACGGCCCGGACCCGAGAAACUCGUCUCUGGUCGGCCGGUUCCAGUCCCUCUUCGCCUUCGCGGGGCUAGUGACGCCGCCGGGCAUGCAGACGGCGACCAGCCUCGUGUUCACGGCCGGGGAGCACGCCGGGAGCACGCUGGUCAUGGUGGGCAGCAUCGUGAGCUCCGAGGGCCCCUACGAGACCGCCGUGGUGGGCGGCACCGGCGCGUUUAGGAUGGCGCGCGGGUACUGCGUUCUGACGGCCGUGUGGAGCCCGACGCCGGAGUCCACCGUGUACGAGGUAAACCUGUUGUUGAAGCUGGGAGGAAACCUGUUGGCAAAGAUGGACGCCUGGAAACGUACGUAUGCACUGUGAAAUGUUCAACUGUUAAAUGUUACUGGGAACUAUGUAGAUUAAACUGUACUUAUGUGAUCAAUCUCCGGAGCUGGAGGCCUUCCUGCCCCAAGAGCUGGCAGAUCCAAGCACAGUAGAUCAUUGUUCCCUGGAAUAAGCACAGUAGAUCUAAUCAGUUUCUUCAUUUAAUUUAGAUCUUCUUCAAACUAUUAAGUACUCACUUCCUGUUAAUUCAUAUGUUCCAAAGAGAUUUUCUUUUUGUGUAUCACUACUUCAAGUUGAUAUGUUAGGUUGAAAUGUUCAGGUCAAUACGGCCGGGUUCAUUUUCACCGACUUAAAUAAAUGUUUGAGCUCAACCAGGCUAAGUUUCCUGCAACAAGGGUUCAUUUUCCUGAAACUUGAAUAUAAAGCCUUCUUUGAAAGGAGAAGAGCCCGCUGUACAUAUGGCAUCGUCAUAUGUCUCCUGGCAUCCAUAUAAUAUUAAAUCAUGAAUGUGCAUCCUUUUCCAGGUUGCCAGUACAAUAAUUGAAGUCAUAAGAUUCAUAAUUGAAGUGAUAAGAUUCCCACUCAUGCAUGUCCUUCAAAGUUUCUUUUUUAUUUGUGUCACUAGCUAGCACUUACUAGUUUAUAUAGCACGAGAGCAUAUCCUGUACUCCCAAGCAUGCAGUACUCCAGCUGCACCAACCACAUCACAGCCGUUGGAUGGAACAUGUAGGUACAGGAUGAAGUGUGGACGCCCCAU